AUGUUCCUUACAUUGGGGGUCAGUGGGAAGAAUGUCCCUUACAUUGGUGAUCAGUGGGAAGAAUGUCCCUUACAUUGGGGGUCAGUGGGAAGAAUGUCCCUUACAUUGGGGGUCAGUGGGAAGAAUGUCCCUUACAUUGGGGGUCAGUGGGAAGAAUGUCCCUUACAUUGGGGGUCAGUGGGAAGAAUAUCCCUUACAUUGGUGAUCAGUGGGAAGAAUGUCCCUUACAUUGGGGGUCAGUGGGAAGAAUGUCCCUUACAUUGGGGGUCAGUGGGAAGAAUAUCCCUUACAUUGGUGAUCAGUAGGAAGAAUGUCCCUUACAUUGGUGAUCAGUGGGAAGAAUGUCCCUUACAUUGGGGGUCAGUGGGAAGAAUAUCCCUUACAUUGGUGAUCAGUAGGAAGAAUGCCCCUUACAUUGGUGAUCAGUGGGAAGAAUGUCCCUUACAUUGGGGGUCAGUGGGAAGAAUGUCCCUUACAUUGGUGAUCAGUGAGAAGAAUGUCCCUUACAGUGGGGGUCAGUGGGAAGAAUGUCCCUUACAGUGGGGGUCAGUGGGAAGAAUAUACCUUACAUUGGUGAUCAGUGGGAAGAAUGCCCCCUUUACAGUA